GCCCGACCUCCCCCUCCGCUUUCCACACACACAGCCACCCCGCCCCGCCCCGCCGUGGCCCGAGUUGUCCUGCCUCCCCACAAUGGCACCUGCCCCAAAAUAGCUCCCCAUGUGAGGACGAGAGAAAGGAAGAGAUUAGACCCCCUCCCUGGAUGGAGAAAGAGAAGGAGGGGAGGGGAGGGGCGCCAUCAAGUGACCUGUGAAGCAUCGGGAAGACCGCGCCAUGGGGCUCAGCGACGGGGAGUGGCAGCUGGUGCUGAGCGUCUGGGGGAAAGUGGAGGCUGACAUCCCUGGCCAUGGGCAGGAAGUCCUCAUCAGGCUCUUCAAGGGUCACCCUGAGACCCUGGAGAAGUUCGACAAAUUCAAGAACCUGAAGUCGGAGGAUGAGAUGAAGGCGUCGGAAGACCUGAAGAAGCACGGCGUCACCGUGCUCACAGCCCUGGGGGGCAUCCUCAAGAAGAAGGGGCAGCAUGAGGCCGAGAUCAAGCCCCUGGCGCAGUCGCACGCCACCAAGCACAAGAUCCCCGUCAAGUACCUGGAGUUCAUCUCGGAAGCCAUCAUCCAGGUUCUGCAGAGCAAGCACUCCGGGGACUUCGGCGCCGACGCCCAGGGAGCCAUGAAGAAGGCCCUGGAGCUGUUCCGGAACGACAUGGCCGCCAAGUACAAAGAGCUGGGCUUCCAGGGCUGAGCCCCGGCCGCCCGCCCCGUCCGCCUGCCCGCCGGGAGGGCGGGGCCUCAUCUCGCGUAGCUGUAGAGUUUGCUUUUGCGUCCGCUUUGUGGAGGGGGGGUGGGCGGGAGAGGCCGAGCGGCUGGGGCUGGGG